AUGUCCAAGCGGACGCGCGAGGGCGCUCCGGCUGCAGCGGCGACACCUGCUGCGGCGACUCCGGAGGAGGAGAUUCUGCGUCAGCGCCUCCUCGCCAAGGAAACCUCGCUGCGCAACCUCACGAAGAGGUAUCUUGCGUUUGCCGCCGCGGUCGAGACGGCGCCGGUCGAGGAGUGCGAAAAGAUGUACCAGGGGCUGCUGAGAGAGCUGGCGGCCUACGAGUUUGGCAUGGCCAAGGCGCGCACGAUGAUCACGGUCAACGUCGCGUCUUACGAAGCGAUGGAGGGGGAGAUCGGGGCGGAGAUGAGCCGCACGAGCGAGGAGAUCUCGGCCCUCUCCAAGAAGCUCGAGGAGGAGCGCACCCUCCGGCAGCAGAAGGAGCAGUACGCGGCGCUCGCGCGGCGCAUCAACCAGCUCCCGCCGCGCGCGGCGACGCAGCAAGAGAUUGGCGCGCUGAGCUCGGAGCUAGAGACGCUGCGGCGAGAGGGAGAGGAGCUCUCGGCCACGAUGGCCGAGCGCACGCGGCUCUUUGGGGGCUUCAUGCACGCGCUGCACGACCUGCAGCUCCACCUCGGCGGGGAGGGCGGCGGCGAGGCGGGCGGCGGAGAUGCGAGUGGAGCGAAGGCGUGA